AUGCGACUCAUCAAUGCGAAAACGCUCGACAUUGAAGAGUUCUUCGGGGACGCCAUCCCAGAAUACGCCAUCCUCUCGCACACAUGGGGCAAAGACGAGGUCACGCUGCAGGAGGUGCAGCUCCAGAGUCGCGAGGUGACUAUGAAGGUCGGCUACCAGAAGAUCAUGUUCACCUGUCGGCAAGCCUUGGAGGAUGCCAUCCUCUGGGCCUGGAUCGACACUUGCUGCAUCGACAAGACCAGCAGUACUGAGUUGUCGGAGGCUAUCAACUCAAUGUAUCAAUGGUACACGAUGUCAACGGUGUGUUACGCCUUUCUGUCGGACUUCUCUCUUGUGAGACCAGAUACCUACCGUUUCGAAGACUCUCGGUGGUUUACCAGGGCCUGGACGUUGCAGGAGUUGAUCGCGCCACCCAAGGUUGUAUUUUUCGAUGUGAACUGGAGUUGCAUUGGGAACUCCCAGGAUCCGGGGCUGCUCGAAACGAUCAGUAGAACUACGGGGAUACCUGGGGAAUGUCUUCGCCACUUGCAACAUCCCGAUGAUUUCAGUGUGGCGAAGCGCAUGUCUUGGGCUGCGAAUCGCCAGUGCACCAGAGUCGAGGAUGAAGCAUACAGUCUUAUGGGUCUCUUCAAUGUCAAUAUGCCACUUCUCUACGGCGAGGGCAAAAGAGCUUUCAUGAGGUUGCAAGAGGAAAUAUUGAAGGACACGGAUGAUCAAACGCUUUUUGCCUGG